AUGGUUAAUAUCGAGGAUACUCAUGUGCCAUUGAUUAAUUCUCAUGAAGCUGAUUCUUCAUCGGCUACUACAACGACUGGUUCGUUCGAAGUAGUUAUAUUACCUUCUACAAAGAUGAUUAAUACAAAUUCAAAUGUUUCCAAAAGUCAAAAAAUUCAUCCGGAAUAUGUUAAAAAGCAGAAGAUUACAGAAAAUAUUUCAUUUGCUGAUAUCAGUCGUCGAUUAGCCAUGCGAAAAAACUUAUAUAAUCGACUUUGUUUUGUGACUGAUAUUAUGUGUUUUCUUGGUAUUUUGGGAAUUAUUCUUAUGAUUAUUGAAAAUGAAAUACAAUUUUCUGAAGUCAAUUAUAACGAUACCAUGUUGACUUGGUCUAUCAAAAUAGUUAUUACCUUAUCGACGAUUGUUCUCAUUGGAUUUGCCGUCCAAUAUCAUCAUUUAGAUAUGUGUCUCUAUGCGAUUAAUAAUGGAAUUGAAGAUAGCCGUGUUACACUAACAAGACAGAGAAUAUAUUUCAUUGUACUUGAAAUAUUAAUUUGUGCGAUACAUCCAAUACCUCGCUCAUUUCCUCCUCCUUUAAAUGCAUCAUUAAAAGAUCAAGAUUCAAAUUCAUUCACAGCUACUUCUUCUUUAAUGUAUAUAGAUAUCGAUGUUGCGCUUGGUAUACCAAUGUUUCUUCGUCUUUAUUUGCUUGGUCGUUUUAUUAUGUAUCAUUCUCCUUUAUUUCUUGAUGCAUCAUACAGAUCUAUUGGUUAUCUUAAUAAAGUAUCAAUUGAUUAUUUCUUUCUCAUUAAAACUUAUCUUCAAAAAGAUCCGAUUCGUUAUUUCAUAUUAUUUUGUAUCAGUAUCUUGCUUAUUGGAAGUUGGUGUUUACGUGCAUGCAGUUAUUUACCAACACAUGAGCAUAUAUCAAUGCUCAAUUCAAUGUGGUUAUUCGUUAUAACAUUUACUACUGUUGGUUAUGGAGAUUUCACACCUACUACAUACUGUGGACGAGCUAUUUCUGCUAUGACGAGUUUGGUUGGUGUCUUUUCCACUGCUGUUAUUAUUGCUGUUCUUGCACAAAAACUUCUGUUGAAUCGAUGGGAAAAGUAUGUGCAUAAUUUUGUAUUGAAUAUUCAGUUAUCGAAAGAACAAAAAAUGCAUGCAGCCAAUGUUGUUAAAUUUGCAUUAAAAGUUUGGUGUAUGAGACAUAAAAAUGCAUCUGGAUCAUCUAUUCAAUAUAUUCGAGCACAACGGCAAUUGUUUCAGUCAAUACGUUCACUUCAUCGAGUUAAACAACAACAAGCAAAAUUAGUGGACAGGUGUAUUGAUCAUAUUGAUCUACUUGCUAUUCAGCGUAACACAAGUGUUCAAACAUAUGAAAGUGCCGAUCAAUUGAAGAUGAUGAAAGUUAAAGUGAAUAACAUAGAAGAAAAACUUAUUGAGAUGAACACAAAUAUGAAUAAUACAAUAAACGAUAUACACAAAAAAUUGGAUAUGUUGUUGGAUAAGGAUUCAAAAUAA